ACACGGACGUACGUAUAUUAAUGCGCAUCGAAAACUGCCAAAAAUCUAGAUUUUUAAAUACCAUGUAACAGUAAAAUUAUAACAUGGAUAAUAAAUAUCAUAAAAACCAAAGCUGUUUCAAUGAACGACCGAAAGUUCAAUCUAUUAUUGAUAAUAGUGAUACGCAAAUGACAAACGUAAAAAUGUCUUCAAAGGUCAGUCGUACAUACGACUUGAGAUAUUCGAAAGCACGUAACGAUAAUAUUAAAAAAGCAAAAAUAGUAGAAAUAAAUUUUGAUAAGUUUCAAGAAUUAAUUCAAUCAAAUAAUUUAGACCUUAAUCCAAAGACUAUUAAAGAAGUGCAAUCUUUAGUUAGUGUUGACGAUCUUGUAAACAAUUCUACGAAAGCACCUGGCGAUGUACUGGCUUCUUGUAAAAAUAACGCAUCUCUAAUGCACAAAAAGAUGGUCACAGGCACUUCUUGUGAAGAAACAGCAAAAUUAUUUAAUGGUGAAACAAAAACAACACAAAUACGUUUUAAAGUUUUAAAUUCUCAAUCUAUAUUGAGUGGAAUUGCUGGUACAUCAAUUCCAAAAAGUGUACUAAAGAACAACAGUAUUUCUUUACUUUCAAAUACACAUCACAUUCCUAGUUAUGGCAAGCCGAGUGUGGAACACAAGAAGAUAGAUAAGAAUAAUUUAGAAUUUCAAAACGGAUUGAUUCAUUCUUCAAAUUGUGUAUUGCCUAUUGUUGAAAAUAACUGUAUGAGCAAACAUGAUUUUUAUGAAGAAACGAAUAAUGAAGAAUUGACUCCCAGUAAUGUAAACCCAUUGACUGAAACAGACAAUUUUCUUGAAAUUGGAGAAACGGAAAGCGACUCACCAAAAAUUUUGAAUUUUCUAAAUGGAAUUAAUGUUCCAGAAAAUGUUUUAGGUCAUUUAUCACAACUUUUCAAUAUAACUGAAGAGCAUUUAACAAAUUACUAUGAACAAAGAAGCUCAAACGAUGACAGAAUUGAUAAUCAAUUAAAUAUUUUUAAGGUCAUUCAAGAUGAAUUAAGCAAUAAAGAGAAUACAGAAAUUAAUAGUUAUGAAAAAAAUAACGAAAGUUAUGUGAAAAUUAAUACCAAUCUAGAAAAGCAUGAUUUUCAAGAAAUAAGAUUUGUUAUACAAGAUAUUUGGGCAAAAUGUAACAAGCCAACAUUGUCACAAAAUAAUGAUAAGGCAUACAAUGAAGCUCAUGACAAUAAUUUUGAUAUGUUAGAUUUUGAAAAUUUUGUGCCUGAUGAAUUAUUUUCACACAAACCAUAUGUGACCUCUGAGUACACCGAGAGUAGUCAAAAUUUCAGGAAAGGAGCCUUUUUUAAACAUUUUGAUAUUGAAGAUGAUGAGUUAAGUUCAUUACUUUAA